AUGGCACGGCAACGCAUGAUGCUCCGGCCUCAACUCGCCACCGCGGCACUGCUCGUGGCGGCGGUUACAACGACGAGCACCGGAUGCUUCUGGGGACUGGUCAGCGGAGGCCCGAGUCUGGGCAUCCUGGCGGUCCCCAUCCCGAUUUCGCCCUACCUUCAGAAGAAGGAAGAGGACAAGUAUUGGGAGCACGAACGCUACGACCGCGUGCCGAUCCUCGGACCGAUCGACGACUCGGGCGGACCGCCCGUGGCGCUCGACCCGCCGAGCGAUGACGAGGUCAUCCGCGCCUUGGAAAAGGCCCGGCCGAUCGAGGGCGGCAUCCCGAUGCUCUGGGUCCGCAACCGCAACAACGUGCGGAUCGUCAAGGAGAAGAUCGCCGACUAUGUCGACCCGGUCCGAGUCUACCCGAUGAUCGGCCCGGCUCAACAGCACCACGCCCACUACAAGUGCACCGUCUACUACGAGGACGUGCGUCGCGUCGGCUGGCCGGUGCCUCACACCAUCCGUGACGAGGACGCCCGCGAAGUGCUCUACAUCGACCACAACCACCUGCACAUGGUUGGCGAUGUCGAUAACGCCGAGUGCGCCAACCGUGGACGCCCCGACGGGAAAUCGCGAAUGGCUCAAACCACUCUGCUCGACGCCGUGCUCAGCGUGGGCCCGCUGCUCGUGCCGAUCAGCAUCGCCUCGGUCGUCAUGGUGCUGUGCGUCAUCGAGCGCCUGAUGGCGCUGCGUCAUAGCCGUGUCGUUCCGAAACGGUUCGUCCACUGUGUCCUCACUCAGGUCGAAGAGGGCGCCGUCGAUAAGUCGGGCGCGCUCGACUUGUGUGAAGAGAACUCGAGUCUUAUCGCGAACGUCUUCGAGGCGGGCCUGCGCCGUUGGGGACGCCCCGCGGUGGAAGUCGAGCAAGCGAUCCUCGACGAGGGCGAACGCGCCGCGGCCGACCUCCGCAAGUACGUCCGCGUCAUCAGUGGCGUCAGCCAGCUGUGCCCGCUGUUCGGCCUGCUGGGCACGGUGUGGGGCAUGCGGACAUCGUUCAACGCGAUCGCCAGUGAAUCGGCGAUGGGCAAGCCCGAGCUGCUCGCCGGCGGCAUCAGCGAAGCGCUGAUGUCCACCGCCGCGGGCCUCGCCGUCGCCAUCCCCGCGAUGAUCGCCUACCUCCACCUCACCGGCCGCAUCGACACGCUGGUUGGCCAGAUCGACCGCCACGGCCAAGAGCUCGUGAACCUGAUCUCGGCCGAAGCGCUCGAAGAGCGAGGAACCGCCAGGCCGCGCCGAACCAAACGGGCCGCUUAG